UCCCGAGCUCCCCGAGGACGCGACUCGCGAUCGCGCGCUUCUCGUAUGAUCGGCACGGUCGCCACGGUCGGUACCCGCAGGCGUCGGCGUCGACCCGGGUGGACCCGGUGCGCCGUGGUUGGCCGCCGUGGUCCUGGAGCCGCCGCCAGUCCCGCCAGUCGGCGAGCCAGCGCGAGUAUGCCAGUCGCCAUAUUGUCCGAAUGUUUAUUUCGCCGCGCUGUCUAAGGUGUCUGCGCGAGUUCCCUGAAAUCCCGCGGGCUAGGAGGCUUUUACGGGGCGCGGUGGAAGACGCGGAUCCUCUUUGGUCCGGAUUGUCGCGAGUUGUCGCGACGCUAGGAUGAGCGGCAGCAACGGCGCGGAGAGCGGCCACGGCGACGGUGCGAAGGAGCGCGGCGAGGUUGACGCGGCCGCGAUGGGUCACGUUCUCGUUAAGGAUCCCGAGCCCGCGACCGAGGCCGGCCGCCCGUGCCAUCCGAGGCCCCUGGAAGUCGACGACGACGCCGAGGGUCGAGUCGACUCGCAGGAGUCCACGGAAACGAGCGUCGGAGGAGAGGAAAGCGCGGACGGUGAAAGUUCUCCCUUGGAAGUACAGCCCGACGAUUCCACGAAAGGUUCCUAUGAUUCGACGAUAACUCCCUGUGGUCCGAGUCGGCACGCCAAGGGCCCGUGUUCCUGCGAGACCUGUAAAGUCAAAAGGGAACUGUUCAUGGAGGAGCUGGACGAAGCGAUGAGGUUACAGGGCCUGUGGAUGGAGCUGCGCCGAUACGUGCGCUCUGUGUUCAAUUCGGUUUUCGAAAGUACGCAUCCUCGUGGUUUUCAGCAAGAUCGGUACGACACCGUGCAGCUAGUCGACCUACGAGAAAGCGUGAUUCAAUUGUGCAAGAGGGAUCCGCACCAGCUGUUCAUGAGAUUAGUCGGUCAAGCGCAGGAGUUUGUAGUUGAUGUAAAAGUACGGCUGUUGGUGCUCCUUCAUGAUCGUAGCGUUAAUAAUUUGGCUGAAAUUUUUCUAACGGGUCUUUUAGACGGGUACGAUGCCCUUAUCUCCACGGCCACUAAUAUUUCUAGCUUGAUAGAACCUCUGGAAAAGGAACAUUUAUGUAAAUUCAACCUAACCUGGGAGGGCUUUAACAAAAAACUGUAUCAGAACUAUGUCUAUACGGAUCCGUUAGUGCAAAACAAUUUGCCGCCCUUCAUUGGCCAGCUGAGAAAGUUAUUACCUCUGAAAGGUCCGGAAUACCAGUCUCUGGUGCACAGGUAUCUCGCCUUUGACGACGAGAUGACCAGGAUUGGUGACCUUUGGCCUGAAACGGAACGACUUAUCGAUAAAUACAACGUGGAGCAAACCGCUCGGAUGACAAGGUUGCGAAAAUUCAGGGAAGGGUGGGAGAUUUUCGCGACAAAGCGGAAACUCCAGCAGCGCGUGCAGAAUAAAACGGCAGAUAUUGAAAGCGAAUCACUCGAGACCGGCCAGUCCGAUUCUUCCGAAACGGAGAGCGGACCGCCCAGUCCGAACCUGGAUUUUGGCCUGGACUCGUUCACCGUUCCUCCCAACAGCGAGAUCGUGCAGAGUCUCCUGCAGGACUGGAACGGAUCUCCACACCAAAGAUUAGCGUACAUGGCCGGUGCACUGGCUGCCACCGAAAGUCAGAUGGCAUCCAACGGACACAACGUCUUUCUUCCUAUACCGAUUCCAGCGCACUGCAACGAGCCGGAUCUAAGAUUGGGCUACGAGUGCGCGGCGAACCUGAUUCUCACCCAUUCGCCGUCGACGACUCUCGGCCCAGUCAACGGAGAGCGGGAGAGCUGCGAUGGCAGCGAAGGGACGUCUUGUAACGGGGAGAAUAGGCGGUGCGAGUGCCACGGAUGCAUCGCUUCUUCGUACGAGCUGCAAGGGCGCAUCGAUACAGGGCCACUCGUGGACGCCAGGACGCAACCCUCUAGCCGCGAUUCUCAUCCACUCCCUGCCAACGGGUCGAGAAACGAACCCGCGGCUCGUUCCGCCACUUGCGAUGCACCGAACUUGAACGGUGUUCAUCCACGCUUGUGCAAUCUUUACGCGGGCGUCAAAUCGGCUUUCGAUGACAAGCCAAGCUCGGAAUUCACCCAGGCACCUUCAAAAGACGACACCAGGCAUUCGCGAGUCGCGACUUCGCAAGCGCCCGAGACGCCGGAAGAGCCGAUGCUGGUCAACGGGCAGGUGGACCCAGUGAACGAGGCCGACACCAGGAAACCGAGGGCCCAGCCUUGUCCUUGCGUUCAACAACGCGCGAAAGAUGCUGCCGAAACGAAGGAGGAUCUCGAGAACCCGUGUCCGUGUUCCAUGAAAUCGAAGAGGCCACCGAACCCGUGCUCCUGCGCGAAGACAAAUCGAGUAGAGGUCGGGACGCCGAACCGGCACUUGGAGGCGCAGCCACCGAUCGAGCCUGCGUCCCGGUCGGCGAUGCAGCCCGCGGCGCAACCCCCGCAGAGGCUCGCGAGAACCUCGGUGGGGACGAACGCGACGCAGUCCACCCAGACGCAGACGAGGCACUCCACGACUCAGACCUCCAACGCCGGUCACGGCCGCUCCACUCUUCACCAAGGUCCAGCACGCGCGCAUUCCCACGAGCCGCCGCCCGAUCUAGUCAAAAGCACGGCAACUCCUCAUCGAGUUCACAAUCACGGCAGCCACGCACCUCACGCUUGCCACAAGCAGACCAACGUGGAACACAUAAAGAGGGUGUCUUCCAGUGAUCUGGCAGCGGCGGACGGUGACUGCUCGGACUCCGGGAGCAGUCAGGAGGACUCUUGCUCGACGAGUAGCCUGACUCCGAGGGACUCCAGUCGGCACUGCGACUGCUGCUAUUGCGAAGUCUUCGGCCACGGCGUCCCACCAGUCGCGCCCGUCAGUCGCAACUAUAACGAGAUGAGAGAGAGGCUGCGCCAUCUCCUGACCAAGAAAAAGGCCAAGAAUUGCAAAACCGCUUGCAGUCCCGCGAAAAGUCCCGCGGAAUCGCUACCGACCAGCACUAAUUCGGAUCAUAAGACGGCCAGUAGUUGCUUACCGGCGAGAUCCAAUACUCCGGUGUCCACGACCUCGACGAUCCAGCCGGAUCAGCGGGACCAACGAGACCUGGAGGCGCUUUUGGAGUUUAUCGAAGGAAAUCAGACAGGGAAAAAGGACAAUAAAAAAGCUGAGAAGAAAGCCAGACAGAAGCAGCGCAAGUUGGAAGAGAAACUGAAGAAAGACCGGCAAGAGGAAGAGAAGCAGAGACUGAUAGAGUUACAGAAGAAGACCCCGGAAGUGACGAUUACCGUGGUCGAUCCUCAGAAGUUGGCGUCGCAAAACGUGCAGGCUCAUCGCACCCUACCGGAAGUCUCGAUUUUGCCGGCGACCGGCCCAGUGGUCCUGACUACCUUGAAGCAACUUAACGGAUGCACCAGGAAAAAGGACAAGCAGGAGGCGCCCGCCAGUAAUGGCACCAACGACACCUCCGGUGGUAGCACCAAGUCGAAGCCGGUGACAACGUCGGUUCACAAGAGCAAGGGGGCAAACGACGUCGACAGGGUAGACGGCAUCACGGGAUCCAGUCAGGGCGCGAAAUCCGAUGGAAGCAAAGGCAACAAGACGCCGACGAAAACGAAGCUCGGGAGCAACGGCAUUCCCUCGUCGACAACGGCGGUCGACGGUAAUGCCGCGAUGACCAAGAAAGAAAGGAAAAAAUUGAAGAAGGAGCUGAAGAAACGAGAGGAGGCCAGGGCGAAGGAGUCGGAGACCAUCGAGAAGGAAUCACCGUCGGAGAGUCAGCCGCAGAUCGUGACCAUCAAGAGGGUGAUGGAGCCGAACAGCGUCGAGCCAACCGUCACGAUCACGUUAAAAGGCCAGACCCCUGCGGAGGACAAGGUACUCUUUACCUUGGUAAACGGUCAAACGAAGGAAUCCUCGUCCGCGAAACAGGAAAAUCAGCAACAGAGCCAGAAUGCCGCCAAGAAGAAGAAGCCCAAGGGGUCCGCGACCCAGCCUGCCAAGCCCAAGAAGUCUCAACAGCCGAGCAACCCGAAACAACAAUCGGCGGCCGAGACCGAGAGCAAGCCCGUUAAGCAGGUCAACGGCGAGAAGUCGAAGGGCGGAAAGCCGGUCGACGAGAAGAAAUCGCAGACGCCGCAGCGACAAGGAAGCGACGCGAAGCUUGCCAAGUCCAGAGUCGACAAGAAAAAUGCGGAGAAUAAAGAAAACGUCCUGCAGCCGAGAGGCAAGCUCGCCGGGGGAAAGAACCAACCGAACCCGACCGCCAAGAAGGCUCAAGCUCUCGACGGGUCGCAGGAAGAUCGCAGCGGCGGCAACGACUGCAAGAAGGCGAAGGUUCAGCAGCAACUGCAGCAGCAGACCAAGGACGUCCAAGGGAACGGCGGUAAAUCCGUCAAGGGUGCUACCGUUGCCAAGCAGACCAAGAUCGACAACUCCAUGGCUCGCGGCAACGGCGGUCCGAUGAAGAGACCGGGGCUACCCUCGGAAGCGCAGAGUCCCGCCAACGAUCGAGUCGACCUGCCCCUCAGCAGUCAGUUUAAGGACAUCGGCUCAAACUCUAAGAUCAACAUCGAAAAUUUGAAGCUGCCGCCGGGCAUCACGAUCACGAAGGUGGACGCGCCCGUCAAGCCCCUUCCGAUCAAAUCGACGCCGAUGCCGAAGCCGGUCGGUUCCCCGAAGCAGGCGACCAUUAUCGCGGCCCCGAUGAGCGGCGUGCAGUCGAGCUACGCCGGUCCUCAGAGCGGCGGGAACGUGAUCGUCGUCGACACCGGAAAGCUGAAGCAGGACCUCCUGCCGAAGCCGGUCGGCAAGGAGCCUCCGAGAGACGCCCAGCAGAGCCAGGGCGAGGGUGGAAAAAAGAAAAAGAAGAAGAAGAAGGGGAAGAACCCCGCUCCGGCCGCCCCGGCCGCCCCGGCCGCCCCGGCCUCCCGGCUCGGCAAUCCGGCCACGGCCGAGGCGGCCGACGAGCCGGCCAGGAUACUGCACGACCCCGGCACCAACAUGGUCACCAUAAGGAACCCGGUCUUCGGCCCGCCGAAGAUGGAGCCGGCACACCAGGCGGCCAUCAUCAAGGUCUCCGAGAACGGCAUGGUCACGAUCCGGAGCCCCGCGCUGCAGCAGGCCAUCAACGCGGGACUGGCCCCGCCGUCGAAGCCGCGGUUCAUCGUCAAGGGCGAUCUGUCCUCGAGCGUGACCAGGAGCGGCGGAGGCCCCACCGGUCCCCCCACCAACGGCAUCGUGCCCUCGAGCCUCGCGGAGCUGAGGACCAAGCUCGCCGGCCCCGAGUGCCCCGGCUUGGCCGGCCUCGCCAACAUCCACAUCACCAAGGUGACCAACGGGCAGCCCAUCCCCGAGAACGGGAUCAACCUGAAGGGCACCAGCGUCACGCUGAUGAAGAUCAAGGCCGAGGGCGCCCGGGAGGAGACGAGGCAAGAAAGGUCGGCCCUCCGGGAGGUGGCCCCGGCCGCGAUCCCCUCCGCGAGCGCGGCCAAAGCCAAGAAGAAGAAGAAACGGGCCAACGGGGCCAGGCACUCCGGUGACGACUGGAACCUCGUUGAGAGCGUCUUCACCCCUAAAGACAUAGACCUCGAGGACGGCGAGAUGGACGACGCGGAGCGCGAGCUGGAGGCCUUCAAGAGGUUCUGCUUGCAGUCGGUCCCGCCGCCCCGCAAGGAGAAGGUCAACCUCAACAUCAAGGACAUCGUGCUCAAGAAGAAGUCCUCGGCCACGGUGAUCGCGGCCAACUGAUCGACCGGGUCCUGCCUCCUGUACCUCGAGACCCGCCCGGGUCCGCGGUCGCGCUCCCCCGCCUCCUCGCGGGGGAGGGACUCAAAGUCCGACUCCCGAACGCCGCCGUUGUAAAUACUUUCGCGUAGAUUGGGUAGCAAGGUCAACGAAAAUCCCGAUCGACGAAUCCUCGAUCGAUUCGCGGAACGAGCCCUCGUUUCCUUAUUCGUGAGCGUCAUUGUACCGUAGGAUUAGCUGUUUCAUAUGUGAAAAUACAAUUAAUCGAACAUUAUCCUUCCGAAGAGGACCGGCGACGGUUCGAGCAACCGAUGAAGUUA